GUUUGUUUCCUCCACUCGGGACGCCAACACUGGCGAGCUUUACCUCGAAUCACUCAACACCAUGGACCCCUCGCAGGACUUCAAGUCGUUGCAGGAGAAGAUUCAGGCUUCUCUUGUCUCGACUACCAAGGCUGUCCAGCGCAUCGCGAGCGAGGAUCUCACAUUCCAGCGGACCGUCAACCCCAACACUGGCGACCGUCUCGAGGAGCAGUCAACGCGCCUGCUGAGCCUCUCCAGCGACCUCCUCAAGUCAGCCGCCGUUGGCACCGGCCAGAAGAGCGCCGGCGAACUGGAGGAUGUUGAGGACGUCGACAUACAAUGGCGUGGUAUCGUGGACGUGAUCGACGGACUCCUUGAGAAAGCCGACAUUUGCUUGGACGAGUACACUGGUUUGGUCAAGAGGAAAUCGGAUUUCCCCGAGAAUGGUCCCCAACAGAAGAAGACGAAGACGAACGACCGGCUAGAUUUCAAUUUCCGACGCGCCAACAUCAUCAAGCCACAGACUGCCUUUGAGAAACAAGUCGACAAUUUUGCUGCUGGUCCAUGGAAGCCGUUGUUGACACGGAAGCCGCAUGCUGCAGUGCCGCUGGAGGACAGUCUUGGUGUGGCAGUUGACGAAAACAACCAGCAACAAUUUAAGCAUCCCUACGAGACCGAAAUAUUGGCUCUGAAGUACCCGGAUGCCACCUACGAGAUACGGGACCCCAUAUCAUACCAGCCCAUGGACACCACCUCUGCCACUUGGAUCGACACAUACGAAGGUGUUCUGGAGAUGCUGGAAGAGCUGAAGGGAGCAACAGAAAUCGCCAUCGAUCUGGAGCACCAUGACUAUCGUUCUUACCAUGGACUGCUCUCUCUAAUGCAAAUCAGCACUCGAGACAAGGACUGGAUUGUGGACACACUGAGACCAUGGCGGCAUAAGCUUGAGGUUCUGAACGAGGUUUUUGCUGACCCUAAGAUCCUCAAGGUGUUCCACGGCGCUUUCAUGGACAUCAUCUGGCUGCAGAGAGACCUGGGACUGUAUAUUGUCGGGCUCUUCGACACCUUCCACGCCAGCUCAGCCCUUGGGUACCCGCAGAGGAGCUUGGCGUACCUUCUGAAGAGUUUUGUCGACUUUGACGCCGACAAGAAGUACCAAAUGGCGGAUUGGAGAAUACGACCUCUACCGGAAGAGAUGUUCUACUAUGCCCGAUCAGACACCCACUUCCUACUUUACAUCUAUGACCGAGUACGAAACGAGCUUGUCGAGCGGUCUGACCGCAGUGAUCCCGAGAAGGACUUGAUUGGAUACACGCUCCAGAAGUCGAAGGAGACAUCACUAGACAGGUACACGCCUUUUGCCGCGGACCCAGAAACCGGCGAGGGAGCUCGAGGCUGGUCCAACUUCCUUUACAAGAGUCAUCUCAGACUCAGUGGCGAGCAAUUUGCAGUCUACAAAGCCUUGCACAAGUGGCGCGACGAUGUGGCGCGGCAGCAAGAUGAAAACCCAACAUUCAUCAUUCCACCACAAGUCAUCAUGGAGAUAGCCAAGCUCCUUCCAAGUGAUCCCAAAGCGCUGUGGAGUCUACUGGGAAACUCGUCAUCUCAAAAGGCGAAGCAGUCGGUUGAGGAGCUCUUCUCCCUGGUCACUGAAGCGAGGAAAGCCGGGGCUGAGGGACCGAGCACGACUGAUUAUUUCAGGAGUAUGUAUCUUGAUAAUCGCUCGAUCGCUGCUGUGGCAAAGAGGGAGCUUGGCAAAGAAGAUAAGCCAGAGUUGGAUCUACCUCCAGUGGAGGAGCUUCGGAGCGAGAAGUCUCAGCUCUUUGGCCCUAUCCCCCUGAGCAGCUUAUGGGACGGCUCCUCGCAGCCUCUGAGCGGCGCCAUGAGCGAGCAGAUCGCACUGCCUUGGACACAAUUUGUGCAAGAAGCCGUGGCCGCUGCGUCCCAGAAGGGAAGCCAGUCUAAACCUCAAAAUGGAGAGGUGGACAUGAUACCAUUAGAAGUGCCUGAGAAGGCGGCUUCUGCAGCACAGAAGGACCUGGAUGUGGAAAACACCGAAUUCACAUUGCGACAGGGCCGGAAGCGCAAAAUGGACGAAGUACAAGACGAAGACUCGGGCGACGGAGGAGUACCAUUGGACACGGAAGAAAUGAUAUCCCUUGACGUAGAUGAAGAAGAAGGCGGCGGCGGCGGCCGGCGUGAAAAGAAGGCGAGAAAGAGGGCCGCCAAAGAGGCCAGAAACGCCAGAAAACAAGCAGAGGCCGGCUCAUCAGGCCGGGAAGGGACUAAGCAGGCGGAUACUUCAGAGGAUGAAGAUGCUCCUUUCGACUACAGCCAGGCGCAGUCAGUCCUGAAUGCGAAGAGGUCAGCUGCCGCGUCCAACGGCAACGGGGACGCAUCGGGCAAGAAGAAGGCAUUUGAUCCUUACGCGGCGAGGAUGAAUGCCGAGGGCCCCAAAGCCGCCCGGAAAAUGCACCAUGAACGUACUGGCAAGGCAGGUACAUUCAAGAAAUGAGGUGGCUUCGGCACACUGCUAUCAUCUCGAUGCUGACGGCGCUACGGGGAGGUGUGUCUUGUUAUGACCAUGUUGAAAGAGAUACCGCAUCGGACCUAGGUAAUUCCCAGGGGCCGGUGUCUGGUGGAUGAGGGUCCUGGUCUCGGUGGCGGAAGGGCUUUACUAGAUACCACUGCCCACGAGAGGCAAACAGACAGCAAUGAAAUCAAAACCUACACAAUGCACUUGCUGGCUAA